AAUGGCACUCAGCUCUACGGUUUUCUGCCUUGUCGCCGGACUCCUUCUGCUCAGUCUGGUGGGGGCGGAUGUGGGCGUGGCCACGCAGCGUCUGCGCCCCCAGCAGCAAAGGGAGGCGUCUUACCCGGCGGCCGGCUUCAAGCCAGCUAGACAGUUUAGCUUGCCAGCGGUCCAGCCGAAACCCGCUCGCCUGGUGGCCAACAGCGAGACCCAGGAGGAUCUCGACGACGCCGCCGAGGAGGUGGAAACGACACAGCCCCAGCCUGCUCCUGUGCCACGCAUACUUCCCGCUCCAGUGCCGCCGGUCCCAGGGACUCCCACUAUUGCAUACUAUCCGGCUGGAGCCGUAGGAUUCGUCCGUCCAACAGCCUUCGGCAAAUUCAUCGCUACUCCACAGCAAGCCGCCUAUGUAGCCCCGCCCCCGUACUACGCCGCCUACUUUGGCUAGAUCUUAUGUUAACUGCUUAACUGCUCUUAAUUAAAUAUUUGAAUAUGAGAAAUUGCUA